AUGGACGUCACGCGGCCGAUCACGUCCAACAUCAGCUCGACCUCGUUCUCCUUCCUCUCGGCGGAGGAGAUCCGUAGGAUAUCCGUCACGCAGAUCUACAACCCCGAGCUGCUCGACAUCACCAACAAUGCCUCGGCCGGCGGUCUCUACGACCUCCACCUCGGUCCCAUGAAGCAUGCCGAGAUCUGCAAGACGUGCCACAUGGACGGCUUCCGAUGCCCAGGCCACUUUGGUCACAUCGAGCUGCCAGCACCCGUCUACCACCCGCUCUUCCUGCUGCGGAUGUACUCGGUGCUCCAGUCCAUGUGCCUCUUCUGCCACAAGUUCCGAAUGACCGAAUUCCAGGCUAUCAAGUUUGCGGCGCGCUUCCGCCUGCUCGAGUACGGCCUGGUGCAAGAGGCCGAGGACGUCGGCAACAUGGAGCUUCGGCGCUCCCACCGCUUCACGUUCGCCGACGCCCGGUCCGACGGCAAGGCCAAUGAGAAGAAGAAGGCCAAGAAAGGCGAGCAGCAGUCCGACGACGACGAGGAAGAGGACGAGGAUGCCGAAAACGACGAGGACGCUGGGAAAAAGUUCCGCCUCGUGCAGGACGACAGCAAGCCGUCGGAGUCGGUGGCCGAAUUCAAGGUGCGCGUCGACGCCCACGUCGAGCAGCUGAUCCAGCAGGCCAUCAAGGAGGGCAAGUCGAACACCUCCGAGCUGCUCGAGGCGCCCUACGUGGCUCGCAACAAGCUCAUCGCCGAAGUCUUCAAGCCCAAGACCAACGCGCGCUGCGAGCGGUGCAGCGCGUUCCGCACCAAGCUGCGCCGGGACGGCCACCUCAAGAUCAUGGAAAAGUCGAGCGGCGCGGCGGCGGCGGCGGCGAGACAGGCGAUCGAGGAGAUCGAGAGCGGCGUCGACGGGUCAAAGAAGAGCAAGGCCAAGUCCAAGGCGGACGACGCCAACGGCAUGGACGUCGACGACGACGACGACGAUGACGAGGACAGCGACGCCACGCCCGCGCCAACCGCUGCAUCGGACAAGGCGGCGCUCAACAAGGCGAUGAGUGCCGGCGCCAGCGAGCACGACGGCCUGUGGCGGAUCGUGCCGCCGGCCGAGAUCCGCUCGCACAUGCGGUUGCUCUUCAAGAACGAGUCGGAGCUUUGCUCGCUCAUCUUUGGCCGCCACGGCGCCUUCCAGAACCUGGCCGAUCCGGGCAAGCCGCGCCGCAGCAUGAAGGGCGAAGCGCUGUGGGAGACGCCCAACGGCGCCAGCGCCGACAACUUCUUCGUCGAGGCGCUGGCCGUGCCGCCCACACGCUUCAGGCCAGCCAGCGUCAUGGGUGACCAGACUUUCGAGAAUCCGCAGAACGAGCUGCUCACAAAGAUCCUCAAAACGAGCUUCCGGCUGCGAGACCUCAACCAGGAGCUCACCUCGAUCGCUUUCGACAAGUCCUAUGGCGACCUCGGGCCCGCGGCGACGCGCGACGAGCAGCUGCAGGCGCAGCAGAAGUGGCAGCGGCAGCGCGACGAGGCGUACCAGAAGGUGCUCGAGGCCAUGGUCCAGCUCCAGGUGGACGUCAACUCGUACAUGGACUCGAGCAAGAACCCCACGCUGACGCGCGCCGGCCAGGCCCCCACGCCCGGUGUCAAGCAGGGGCUAGAGAAGAAGGAGGGCCUCUUCCGCAAGCACAUGAUGGGCAAGCGAGUCAACUUUGCCGCCCGCUCUGUCAUCUCGCCCGACGUCAACAUCGAGACCAACGAGAUCGGCGUGCCGCCCGUGUUUGCGCAGAAGCUCACCUUCCCGGAGCCCGUGACGGUGCACAACGUCGAGCUGAUGCGCCAGCUGGUCAUCAACGGCCCGAAAAAGUACCCGGGCGCGGCGGCGAUCCGGAUGGAGGACGGGUACGAGGUGCUGCUCGAGAAGAAGACGCUCGAGGAGCGCACGGCGAUCGCCAACCAGCUGCUGACGCCGCAGGGCAACACGUCGCGCCACAACAAGGGCAGCUUCGGCGGGCUGGGCAGCUCGGCGCGCACGCCGACGGCCAACAAGCAGGUGCUGCGCCACCUGCGCGACGGCGACAUCCUGCUCCUCAACCGCCAGCCGACGCUGCACAAGGCCUCGAUGAUGGCGCACAAGGCGCGCGUGCUGACCGGCGAGCGGACGAUCCGCAUGCACUACGCCAACUGCAACUCGUACAACGCCGAUUUCGAUGGCGACGAGAUGAACAUGCACUUCCCGCAGUCGCAAGCGGCGCGCUCCGAGCUCUACAACAUCGCCUUCACCGACAAGCAGUACCUGGUGCCGACGAGCGGAGAGCCGCUGCGUGGCCUGAUCCAGGACCACGUCGUCGCCGGCGUGUGGAUGACGAGCAAGAACACGCUCUACACGCGCGAAGAGUACCAGCAGAUGCUCUACGGCGCGCUGCGGCCCGAGAAUGGCUACACGGGCGGCGGGCGCGUGCUGACGGUGCCGCCGGCGGUCGUCAAGCCGCAGCCGCUGUGGACGGGCAAGCAGGUCAUCUCGACGGUGCUGCUCAACCUCAAGCCGGCCAAGGCGCACGGCAUCAACCUGGUGUCCAAGGCCAAGGUGGGCGGCCGCAACUGGGGCAAGGACCACGCCAGCGAGGCCGAGGUCAUUGUCGAGGACGGCGAGCUGCUGUGCGGCGUGCUCGACAAGUCGCAGUUCGGCGCCGUCUCCAAGGGUCUCGUCCACUCGGUGUACGAGGUCUACGGCCCCGAGUACGCCGGCAAGCUGCUCAGCAUCUUUUCGCGCCUCUUUACCAAGUUCCUCCAGGCCAACGCCUUCUCGUGCAGGAUGGACGACCUCAUGCUGACGCCCGAGGGCGACGCCCAGCGGCGCAGGAUCCUCGACGAGCGACGCGCCGAGGGGCGCACCGUGGCGCUCAAGACGGUUGGCCUCGAAAACGAGGACCCGACCCGCCCAGAGACGGACCGCAACCUGCGCAUCCGCCUCGAGGAGGUGCUGCGCGACCGCAACAAGCAGGCGAUGCUCGACUCGGACAUGAUGGGCUCCGUCAACACGAUCACGUCGAGCCUCAUCGACCAGUGCAUCCCCGACUUCCUCUACAAGAAGUUCCCGCACAACAACAUGCAGAUGAUGACCGUGUCCGGCGCCAAGGGCUCGAUGGUCAACGUGUCGCAGAUCUCGUGCCUGCUCGGCCAGCAGGCGCUCGAGGGCCGCCGCGUGCCCGUCAUGAUUAGCGGCAAGACCCUGCCGUCAUUCAAGCCGUUUGACACGUCGGCGCGCGCCGGUGGCUUCAUCGGCGGCCGAUUCCUCAGCGGCAUCCGCCCGCAGGAGUACUACUUCCACUGCAUGGCGGGUCGCGAGGGUCUCAUCGACACGGCCGUCAAGACGUCGCGCUCCGGCUACCUCCAGCGAUGCCUGAUCAAGCACCUCGAGGGCGCCCACGUCCAGUACGACCACACCGUGCGCAACUCGGACGGCGCCGUGCUCCAGUUCGCCUACGGAGAGGACGCGCUCGACACGACCAAGAGCGCCUUCCUCAACCAGUUCGACUUUAUGGCGCAGAACUUCGACAACUUCUGCAAGCGCUACGACCCGGCCCAGCUGGCCGACGUCAUGGAGGCCGAAAGGGCGCCAAAACACAUGAAGAAGGCGCUCAAGAAGCCGGACCAGUACCCGCCCGUGCUGAGCGUCUACUCGCCCGCGACGCACUUUGGCUCGAUGUCCGAGGCGUUUGCGGCCAAGGUGGAGAAGUACAUCGAGGAGAACCCGCGCAAGCUGCUGGGCGAGAAGCGCAAGAAGAAGAAGCAGCGCAAGUCCGAGGGCGGCAAGGGCGGCGGCGCAGACGACGAGCCGGUCGAGAAGCUGCGCUCGGUGCGCGACAAGCUGGGCGUCGAGGCGUUCCGCGCCAUGGCCAAGGUCCUCUACCACCGCGGCCUGGUCGAGCCGGGCGAGGCCGUCGGACUGCUGGCGGCGCAGGGUGUCGGAGAGCCCUCGACGCAGAUGACGCUCAACACGUUCCACUUCGCCGGCCACGGCGCUGCCAACGUGACGCUGGGUAUCCCGCGUCUGCGAGAGAUUGUCAUGACGGCGUCGCAGAACAUCCAGACGCCCAUCAUGCACCUGCCCGUGCUCGAUGGCAUCACGGCCGAGCAGAUGAAGACGUUCUGCAAGGACGGCAGCCGCCUGACGCUGAGCCAGGUCGUCGACGAGGCCGUCAUCACCGAGAUUAUCUCGGGCAAGACGGCCGACAACGGCUUCAGCCGCCAGAGGACCUACACGCUCCGCCUCAACUUCUACCCGCUCGCCGAGUGCCGCGAGGAGUACAACAUGACGCUCGAGCAGCUCUUCUCGGGCCUCGAAAAGACCUUCAUCGCCACCCUCGAGCGCGAGAUCACCAAGGAGCUCGCCAGGAUGAAGCGCGACCGACAGGCGCAGGCGGCCGCCAUCGGCAAGGCCCACUCGGCGUCGAGCAACCACGACGACGACACGGCCGGUCCGAGCGCGGGCAGGGCCGCUGCUGCCGCGUCGUCGUCGUCGUCGGGCGCGGACGCCAAGUCGCGCAGCCAGAACGCCGACAUGGACGACAGCGACGACGACGGUGCCGACUCGGACGGCGGCGACGGCGAUGCCGACGACGCCAAACGCUCGUCGCGACGCAAGGGCAAGGUCUCGUACGACGACGACGACGACGAUGACGCGCAGCGUGUGCCGGACACCGACGAGGGCAUCGAGGCCGCCUUCCGGGACGACGACGACGACGAGGCGCUGCGCGACGCCGGCAAGGAUGGCGACGACGACGACGACCGCGAUCAGCACCGCGACGACCUUGCAUCGCGCGCCGACAUCGCUGAGCGGGCGGGCAAGCUCGACGACGAGUGCAGCACGUUCACCAAGUUCAUCUCGGGCUUCCGCUUCGACAGCAGGCGCGGCCAGUACGCCGAGAUCGACCUGCAGCUGCCGACGACGGAAAAGGUGCUCCUCAUCAGCGCCGUCGAGCGCGCGUGCCAGACGAGCGUGGUGCGCGAGAUCCCCUUCAUCACGCGCGUGCUGCGCCCCGUGGCGUCCAAGAAGGACGACUCGCGGCCCAGGCUGACGGCCGAGGGCAUCAACUUCCGCGACCUGUGGACGUUUGCCUACGGCGUCGUCGACCUCGACCGCAUCGAGACCAACGACAUUGGCGCGCUGCUCCACACCUACGGCGUCGAGGCCGCCCGCCAGGCCAUUGUCAACGAGAUGAAGGCCAUCUUCGACACCUACGGCAUCGGCGUCUCGAUGCGCCACCUCUACCUGAUUGCCGACUAUCAGACGGCCGCCGGCGGCUUCAGGCCCUUCAGCCGUGGCGGUAUCGCCCAGUCGGCCUCGGUUUUCCUCAAGGCGAGCUACGAGACGACCAUGAACUUCAUCGGCAAUGCCGCCUUGCACGGCGAGUACGAGAGCCUCACGGGCCCCUCGGCCAACAUUGUCGUCGGCAAGCCCGUCAAGAGCGGUACGGGCGUGCCCGAGAUCAGGGUGGCGCUGCCCCGGCCCAACCUCGUCGACGCGGCGGCGGCAUGA